AUGGGACACGUAAUGAGGCUGCUGAUAAACCCUUCUUCUUCCUCGACUCUUCUCCACCUCCGAAUCCGGAUUCUUGACCACAACUCUGUCUUCUCUCUGCGAACCUCCAUUACCAAAAGCAAGGGACGAUUCUCAUGUCUCUUCUCCGGCAACCAGAGGGAGGAACAAGCUCGAAAAGCAUUGGAAAGCGCUCUUGGUGGGAAGAAACAUGAGUUUGAGAAGUGGGACAAAGAGAUCAAGAAAAGAGAAGAGUCUGGUGACGGAAAUGGUGGCAAUGGAGGAGGCUGGUUCGGAGGUGGUGGUUGGUUCAGUGGCGAUCAUUUCUGGGGUGAAGCACAGCAGAUUGGCAUUACCCUUUUAGCAAUACUUCUUGUGUAUAUGAUGGUUGCAAAAGGUGAAGUAAUGGCUGCAUUUGUGUUAAACCCAUUGUUGUAUGCGUUGCGAGGAACACGAGAAGGUUUGACUUCUCUAAGCUCCAAACUCACGGGAAGAGAAACCUCGAAAACGAAUGAUAACUCAGAGGAGAUGUGGAAGAAGGAAGGUAUUGUCUCUGCUAAAGAGAGCGUUGUCCGGAAAUGGGGAAGUGACUGA